UGCUAGGGUUUAUAUUUUAAUUGCCGCUCGCAGCUUCCCCUGUCCAAGCUCAGAAGACCCUCGGCGCCGCAGCAGAACUCCGUCCAGCAGCCAUGGGGAAGACACGUGGAAUGGGAGCAGCUCGCAAGCUGAAGACCCACCGCAGGAGGCAAAGGUGGGCUGACAAGGCUUACAAGAAAUCUAACUUGGGUAAUGAGUGGAAGAAGCCAUUUGCUGGUUCUUCCCAUGCCAAGGGCAUUGUUCUGGAAAAGAUUGGUAUUGAAGCCAAACAGCCCAAUUCUGCUAUCCGUAAGUGUGCUAGAGUGCAGCUCAUCAAGAACGGAAAGAAGAUUGCUGCCUUUGUUCCUAAUGAUGGUUGCUUGAAUUACAUUGAGGAAAAUGAUGAAGUGCUCAUUGCUGGAUUUGGUCGUAAGGGUCAUGCCGUGGGAGAUAUUCCUGGUGUCCGUUUCAAGGUUGUGAAGGUCUCUGGUGUCUCCCUUCUGGCUCUAUUCAAGGAGAAGAAGGAGAAGCCAAGGUCUUAAGUUAUCAAUGGACAUCUCUAGUUUUUUGCUGUAGUUUUCAUUGUGUUAUUGUUUCCGAAACAACUGUGGAAUGGUUGUCGUUCUUGUCCUAGUGCACCUGCUGAGCCGACUUCUGGUUAUUGUAUGGAGGAACCUUCAAAAAUUUUGCAAUCUUAUAUGUUGGAAGUCUUUCACAUUCUGAGCUCUGUAGAUUUUCUACAUUCUCGUUUCAUCGCCGUGAGUCAUAAA